GAGGCUAGUCCAGGCUAGGGGGUAGCGCGGUGCAGCCACAUAUCCAAUUAAGUCCGUAAAAGCAUCCGUUAACAAAUAACCAAUAUAUUUAUAAUCAAAGAAAGCUUCCUUUGUUUCAGAAAAAUUAAGUAGCAUCAUACUGACUGCCCUAAAGCAGCAGGAAUCCAAGGAAGCAGAAUGCCUGGAAGCAGUCCAAAAAAGAGCAGCAACCCUGCUGCUGAUAAAUCUGGCAGCUUCACAUCUGAUGGUAGCUUUCCGUCUCAAUUUGAUAUUCAGACUCUCGAUGACAUUUUGAAGGACUUACCUGAUAAUUCUGCCUCUAAAAAUGACCUAUCAACCCCUGAGAUGAGCCUGAAUUCAUCCUUCUCCUCUGCUGGGUCAGGAAGACGCCCAAAGUUGAUGUCUAAACGUAGGUUUCGAGAGAAAAGUAAAUCUAAACUAUCUUCUUCUUCAUCAUCAUGCUUUUCCCAGGGAGGACCCUUCUGGGAUGAGAAGGAAGAGGAUAAGAGAAAAGAAUGGGAUGGAAGAGAAAACUCGCAGGAAGUAGAACUCAGUAGAGUACAGAGAAGAAGUGAAGAGGGAGCAACUGGUAAAUCUGCUAAACCUGUUGGUUCCUGCAAGAAAGUAGAAGAACUUCAGAGUACUAAGAGCAAACUUGAACUGUGUGUUGGAAAGAAGAAAGACCAAGACAGCAACAGUAGGGGAAAGAUUGACGAAAAAGACUUUGGAUCAAAGAAAAGGAAAGAUGGAGACACGGACAGAAAUAAAGCAAAUCGGAACAAAACUGAGAAAGUAAGGGAUACUAGUAAAAGCAGGAAAAAACUUGAUAGGCAAGGGAAAAGGAAAGGAAAUAAAGAAAACAUCUACUUAGCGAAGAAAAAAAGAAAUGAUGAACUUGGAAAGAAAAAAAACACGAGUUUACCUAAAGAAGUUGAACCCAGUCAAGAUGAUUUUUCAAGUUCAGAAGUAUCUCAUAUGAAUAAGACAAAAGUCGGUAGUCCUGUAGUCUUCAAGCCCAAGGAUAGUUCUACUCCAGCCUCUGGACCUAAUACUAGUCUCCUUCCGGGAUCUAUUCUUGGUUCAAGUCCUCCACUAGAAGAGGUCCUUAUCUGGAAAAAUUAUAAAAUACCGAAACAGAAGAAAGUAACAAGGAGAUCUACGCAGGAGCCAAUAAUUAAGGAAAAUCAAGGUUUGGCUUCCAGUAAUUCUGGAAUACUUACUAAACCUAUGAAACUAAUUCAGUCCUCUGAGGAAACUAAUAACUUCCCCUUUUUACCAUGCACCGUUGGUUUGUCUCCAACCAAAGAAGCCAUUGAUGACUUUGCAUCCUCCAUUGAUGAUUUUACUCAAGAUAACCUAACUCCUUGUAAUAUGACAUUGAGAGAAGACGAAAACCAAUCCUUACAUCCAACUGACAACAAUCAUUCAAGCUUUCAGAAGCAAGGAGACUAUGAGCAUUCAAAGAAAACUAAACUGAAGCGGAAAAAGAGAGACAAAAAUCAAGAUUUGGUUCUUCAAGAUGCUUCUAAAGAUAAUCCAGUUCAAGAAGAAAGUAACCUGGGGGGAGACAUAACAGUACUAUCAGAUGAGGAGACAGAGAAUGGCGGGACUGAAAUGAGAAUUGUUAUAGACUCUGUUUACUCCCUUGCAUCAAAUUCUCCAAAUGCUGACCAAUGGACAAAUGUGAUGGAACCAGUGGAGAGAGAAGGUUUUGUUGAAGCAGAGAGUCAAGAUUCUGCUUCAGAACAAGUUCCAGUUGAAGCUCCUCCUGUGGAGGAUGAAGGUUUACUGAACCUGGAAGGGUUGAGAUUCAUCCCCUUAAACUCUGAACUGAAAAGGCCAAGUGGAGCAAAUAUUGUCAACUUAAAGAAGAGAAACAGGAAGAGGAAAUAUCAGAAAGGAAAUGCAUUGCAG